CUGCAAUCUUAUCCUUCCCUACAAUUACUCUCUGCAGGUUCAGUCUGUUAUGUGUUUGAGCCUUUGAAAAGAUCUUUCUGUUAGGAUUUCUUUCCCAAGAACAGCAAACAAGGGAUGAAGAAGAAGAAAGCCCUAAACUUUACUCCUCAACUUCAAAAGUUCAAAUAGCAUUGCACCCCCCACAACACUUUCAAAUUAGAAACAAAAACUGUUCAUUUUUCUUGGAAAUCUUGGAAUAAAAAGAUAUGCAGUCUAAUUUUGACAUAUCAGAGAUUGGUAACCAGCAACACUCGAUGGAUACUAGUAAUUCUUGCUCACCAAUUUUGCCCAUUUUCAAUCAUCAGAAGCAAAACCACCACCACCAUUUUAAUCAACAACUUGAGCAGCCUGAGCCAUAUCAUAUCAGUCACCUUGUUCAUCCCACUCCCAUUACCCACGACUUGUUUCAACGCCAGCAUCUUCAAGCAUUGCAGCAGCAAGGAAGGUUGCACUGGCAGCUGGGUCCUGUAAAUUUCAAGCUUGGUCUCAAUGAGAACAGUGAAAAUGGAGAAAGUGCUCUGCUUGGCGCUGGUUUGUUUGAUGAUGAAAAUGGAGACGACCCUCGAUUGCUUCAGAGUCGAAUGCAUAACUUAGGAUUCAAAAGUUGGCAAACCCAUGAACCCAUGUGCUGGAAGCCUCUCGAUGCAGCAAUUCCCGAGACCAACAGAAAUCAGAAGGAAGCCAAUGAAGGAGAUAUAUGCAAGGACUUGGAGAACAAAUACAGGCUCUAUGGUGAGCUUGAAGCAAUCUAUAGCCUUGCAAAGAUGGGCGAGGCUAAUCAAACGGGCUCUGGCUCUGCACUCACUGGUGAAAACUCCCCUAAAAAUGUAGACUUGCCUGUGCCUAUUUGUGAUCCACAUGACCUCAAUGUUGCUCCAACUGCUCAAGUUAGGGUGGAUAAUGGGUCGGAAGCCUCCAUCGGAGAAGAGUCUUCGCCGAGGAAGAUUCAGAAGAGGAAGAGAAAGAGGACAAUGAAGAAACAAUUAAGUUCAGUGAUUAGCUUCUUUGAGAGCUUGGUGAAGCAGGUUAUGGAUCACCAAGAGAAUCUUCAUAAGAAGUAUUUGGAAGUGAUUGAAAGAAUGGAUAAAGAGAGGAGGGAGAGAGAAGCUGCAUGGAGAAGUCAAGAGGCUGAAAACCAUAAGAGAGAAGCCAUUGCCAAAGUCCAUGAACAGGCUCUGGCUUCAAGCAGAGAGGCACUCAUUGUUUCAUACAUUGAGAAAAUCACUGGCCAAAGAGUCAAUCUUCCUUCAAGGCAAGCCCCAUUGUUGUUGCAGCCUGAUAAUUUAAAUGAACCCCCAGUGGAGGAAUUGACACCCUUCAAAAUUGAUCACACAAAUAGCAGAUGGCCUCAAAGUGAAGUUAAGGCAUUGAUUCUAGUGCGAAGUAGUAUAGAAUCAAAGUUUCAGGAACCGGGGAUGAAAGGGCCUGUUUGGGAAGAGGUCAGUGCUUUAAUGGGUUCAAUGGGUUAUCAAAGGAGUGCCAAAAGGUGCAAACAAAAGUGGGAGAACAUCAACAAGUACUUUAGAAAAACCAAAGACAGUGCCAAAAAGCGUCCUCAUAAUUUCAAAACUUGCUCUUAUUUUAAUCAGUUGGAUCAGCUGUACUCAGGAACACCCAUCACCGCCCCUUCAUCUUCGUCUUCCUAUUAUUCUAGUAACCCUUCAGCUAGCAUGGAUGAUAACAUUCCAAAGCAAGGUUUUUCAGAUCUUUUGGAAGCCUUCGUUGCAGGGAGAGAGGCAGGAGUUGCACAUAAUCUGUCUAGUGGCAAUUUUGAAAUCUCUGAAAUGGGGUCCAAUAGGUUGGAUUUUGGUGGCAUUAUUGGUGGUAAGGUAGAAGAUGUGCAAGGAGACCUUGGGAAGGAGAAGGAAAACCGUGAGGAUGACGAGAACGUGGAUGAAACGGAAGAUACUGAUGAUGAUGAUUCUGAUGAAUGAGGUAGAGCGUGACCAUCAGACAGAACUAGAAAGGUACGUUAGAUUAUCACAGCCUGCAGUUCUUUUAUGAACCCAGGAACUGAAAAGUGUUUUCAGAUUCAUUGACGUUCAUUUAUUAUGCUAUUUGCUUGAG